ACUACGGCAAUAAUCACCUGACGUUGAGCAUUCAUUGUUGUACAACAACGUCAUUUACCUGUCUGAAUGGGAAAAUUUAGAAAGAUGGAAUUGCUGAAGAGCAAGUGCUUGGCAGCGGCCAUUUUGCUGGUUGCCAUGGCAGCGCUGACGGAGGCCAUCACACCAAAGGUCAUCCAAGGCGUGGUUGAGGCUGAACGAAAGAUGACACUAGGGGGCGUGCCAGGAAAUGCCUCAAAGGAAUGCGUUGAGGCCAUUGAAAUUCUACUUCAACCAACGUCGACUCAACUCCAGGAAUAUGUUUUCGAUGCAUUUGGCAAGCCUCAAGCUGGCAUAUUACAAGGCAAUCUGCACUGGCUGGGUCACUACGAUGAAUGCCGCUCAAUCAAAGUUCCAGAAUAUAACAUUCAGUACAAGUACUGUGCAACGUUCUUUGAUGUCAAUUUCACUGCCAUAACCCAAACUAAGUCGCCAGAGGUUCUGCUUGCCUGGGGUGUGUGUGUGCCUAAGCAAUGUACCGAGACAGAUAUCCAAAAUUACUUAUACGUCUUUGUAGAAAUGCUGAACUUGACCAAGUACAUAGAGCCAGCUAAUGAUAAGUCUUUUGUCAGCUGCGCAUAUGAAGAUCAUAUUCCUUACAGCGCCGGUUUUGUGGGCACCAUUACUCUCUUCAGCGCCAUCUUCCUGCUGAUGUUGCUAGGCGCGGCCUAUGACUGUUACCUCCGGUAUCACAGGAAGAAUUCCUCAAAGAUGGUCGUGUACACUAACACCAGUACGAACAACUCCGCCCAGAAUGGUAGAGCGGGCGAGGCCCCCAUAAACGAUGAUACCGCAGAGACGAAAGACGAUGAUACACCUCUCAUACUUGUACAAGAGCCACCGAAACAUGCCAUCUGGGAACAGUUCCUGCUUAGCUUUGCUCUCAACCGUAACCUGGCCAAACUCCUCAACACCAACCCCGGGGCGGACCGCACCAUCGGCUGUCUGAAUGGAUUGCGUGUGAUCAGUAUGGCUUGGGUCAUCUUAGGUCACACCUUCUUCUUCCCCAGUCAAAUGGGGAUCAUAGGCAACCUUCCCACUGCAGUUGGCUGGUAUCAAACGUUUGGUUUCCAAGUUGUAGGAAAUGCCUUUUUCUCUGUAGACAGCUUCUUCUUUAUGAGCGGUCUUCUGCUGACCUAUAUCACGCUGAAGAAGAUGGCCAAGACGAGCGGGAAGAUCCCGUGGGCAUGGUUCUAUUUCCAUAGAUACUGGCGUCUGACACCGGCCAUUCUGAUCACGACGCUCAUCUGGAUGUACAUCAAGCCGUGGGUGGGUGACGGCCCCCUCUGGAGGUCGUUCCAGAACACCGACAGCUGCAUCAAGUAUUGGUGGACCAACAUCCUUUACAUCAACAACUUCUAUCCACAGAGCUUCAUGCAUGAGUGUAUAGGAUGGGUAUGGUACCUUGCAAACGACAUGCAAUUCUUCAUUAUCAGUCCCUUCAUCCUGGUUCCUCUCUACUUUCUCCCAUGGCUAGGCCUCUCCUUAAUAGGAGUUCUUCUCGCGGGCAGCUUUGCCGUCACCGGUGCCCUGGUCGGAAUAAACAAACUCGGGGCAAAUGGAAUAGCAAUACCUGGUGUGGAAGCCACCGGAGCGGACUUCAGCUCGGUGAUCUACGGCAAGCCUUACUGUCGGAUCCCACCGUACCUCGUAGGAAUGAUUCUGGGUUAUCUCAUGUAUAAACAAGGGGACAGGAGGAUUCGUCUUAAUCCUGCCUUAGUAUCACUGGGUUGGGCUGUAGCGACGGUGAUCGGUAUGUCGUGUGUGUAUGGGCUCCUUGGAGCAUACAAAGGUGAUCUGACCCUGGCAGGGUCGAUCCUCUAUGAGAUGCUGAGUCGUUUCGCUUGGGCAGUCUCCCUUUCCUGGCUCGUGUUUGCCUGCAGAGAGGGUUACGGAGGCUGGGUUGAUGACAUCCUAUCUUGGAGUUUCUGGCUGCCUCUGAGUAGAGUGACGUACUCCGCCUAUCUUCUCCAUCCGAUCAUCAUCUAUAUAUUCUUAGGAAACGUCAAGAAUACCCAGAUGGCGUCCCUUUGGCUUCAACCUACCUACUUUGUGGGAUACUUUGUGAUGUCCUACGGAGCGGCAGUCGUCAUGGCUCUCUUCAUUGAGUUCCCAUUUGCCAACCUAGAGAAAUUAUUUGUCCCAGCCAGACGGGGCUAGGAUGUUGUUGCCAAUUUGUCUAUUCAAAUCUAUAUUUUUUACAAAUUUUUAAUGUUUUUAAUUGAGAUAUUGCUAGUAUAUAAACCCACAUGCCAAAGUGCAACAGAGGUAUGUUUAUUUUUUAAUUCAAAUAGUGACUAUGAUUAUUGGAGUAAUAAUGAUAUUGUUAUCCUAUUUUGACUGAUAAAUGCACUGCUACACAAUUUAAGAUCUUCUAAUACAUAGACACUUUUGUAAUUGUGAGUUCAGACUUGUUCAAAUUUGCCACGGUUAGCAGCAGCGUUUUAUUUUCAUGUGUGCGUGUUAAAUGAAUAGCUAGUGGAAAUGAAAAAAUGUAGCUGUACGCAAUAAUGGUCCUACACGUAUUCACAUAGAUGUGUGUUAAAGCCACAUUAUAUGCAGUAGUCAGUGCCCCCUUUUUGUUUCUAUUUGUUCUUCAGUUUAUCAAAGAGGAUACUACCAAAUCUCCUGUGCAUGAUAAUAAGCCAGCUCUUAGAUACAAUCUGCGCAUAGGCAAAUGGAGGUCAUUUGUACCAAAAGUUUAAAAACCAAUCAAGAAGAAUACUUUGUGCUCAUGAAAGUUAUGCAAUCAUUAUUCAUUUAUUCACCAAUGGCACAUUCUCUGAUACACAGAUAGAAGUAUUCUUCUCAAGAGGGCAAACUAAAGGUAUUCAUGAAGUACGUCCAUCACUUAUGCUGUCAUAAACCAUAUUA